CCGGGGCUCCCCGGCAGCGCGUUGACUGCCCCCCAGAGCGUGGCGGUGGUGCCCGAACCCGCGUACCCGGAGAUCGCCGGGCCCAGCCCCCAGACCGCCGCCGGGCACGUGGCCUUCCGCUUCUACUCCCACAACGUCAAAAACGGGCUCCACGACGACUUGGUGCCCGGCGAAAUGCCCUGGGACAUGCGCAAGCGGCUGGUCAUCAACAGCAUCAAGUUCAACGCCGUGGCCAACUCCGUGGUGUUUCUCCAGGAGCCCUUGAAGUUCCAGCUCGACGACAUCUUGGCUGACCUCAACUACUUGUCCGCCCCGGGCACGCCCGAGUGGGUGGCCGUGGGCAGCGGCCGCGUGGACGGCAAGGACGUGGGCGAGCACGUGCCCAUUCUCUUCCGCCCGGCCGAAUGGACCGUCGUCUUCAACGACACGUUCUGGCUCAACGACGGCGCCACCCGCAUGGCCGUGGCGGGCUGGGACGCCAAGUACCCGCGCAUCGCCACGUACGCCACCUUGAAACACGCGCUUUCGGGCCACCACAUCAACGUGGCAAACACGCACUUCGACCACAAGGGCAAGACCGCCCGCCGCGAGUCCGCGCUGCUUCUCGUCGCCAAGUUGCGCAGCCUCAACCUGUGGCCGCUGUUUGUCAUGGGCGACUUGAACUCGCAGCCGGGCGACGCCAGCCACCGCGAAAUGACAAAGGCCUUCGUGGACGUGCACGACCACGUGCCCGAUUUCAGCCGCUACGGCCACUUGGACUACACCGUGACGGGCUUCUCCGGGAAGUACUUGAAAGACGCCAAGCGCAUCGACUAUAUCUUUGCACCCAAGGAUACCAGGAGGCUCUCGGAGCCCAUGUGCGCGGAUCCCGCCCUGCCUUACUCGCUCCAGGUGGUGGGCUACGGGCUCCUCCACUCGAAGUUCGGCGGUGUCUACAUGAGCGACCACCGCCCUGUGGUGGCGGACUUUGUCAUGAAAGGCUGCGACCUGGGCCAGGCGACCGACGCGUGA